AUGGCCACCAUGCUCAACGGCCACGCCCAAUCCCCAGCCGCCCAACGCCGCAUUGAACACCACGAAGCAGACGUCGUUAUUGUCGGUGCAGGAGUCUUGGGCUGUGCACUUGCAGUCACACUCGGAAGACAAGGGCGCAGUGUAAUUCUGCUAGAAAAGUCAUUGGAGGAGCCCAAUCGCAUUGUCGGUGAACUGCUCCAACCGGGCGGUGUCCAGGCUCUGGAGCAACUAGGAUUGCGAGAUUGCCUGGAGGGAAUUGAUGGAAUUGACGUAAAGGGAUAUUGGGUCUCAUACUUUGGCGAGCCGGUUCUCCUAGAAUACCCCAAGUCCACCCCAACGUCACCCACACCGUUGGGACGAGCCUUCCACCAUGGUCGAUUCGUGAUGAAGCUCCGGGAAGCAGCUUUGGCCUGUCCUAAUGUCACUGUGGUCGAGACCAAGGUAACUGGUCUUGUCACAUCGUCACAUACCCAGGAAGUGCUUGGAGUCGAGUGUGUGACCAAGGAGUUGAAGGAUUGCUACUUCGCCCAGCUCACCGUGGCCGCCGACGGCUACAACUCCGAAUUCCGAAAACAACACCACCAAUAUAGCCCGAAAAGACGGUCAAAGUUCUAUGGUCUGGAGCUUAUCGAUGCCAAACUCCCUGAACCGAAUACUGGCCAUGUCCUCCUUAGCGAAAACCCGCCUGUGCUUAUGUACCAGAUUGGCACGCACGAAACUCGAAUCCUUAUCGACAUUCCGGAUAAUCUUCCUCUGGCUUCGGUGAAAAAUGGCGGUGUUAAGGGUUAUUUGAGAAACACUAUUCUGCCCCAGAUUCCAGAAGGCGCCCGGCAGUCAUUCUCCGAUGCGCUGGAGCAGGGCCAACUAAGGUCAAUGCCGAACUCGUUCCUGCCUGCUUCGGUCAACAAGACACCAGGCUUGAUGAUUCUGGGAGAUGCGCUCAACAUGCGGCAUCCUCUCACCGGAGGAGGUAUGACGGUGGCGCUCAGUGAUGUCGUUUAUAUCCGCGAACUGCUCAGCCCGGAGAAUGUGCCCAGCUUUUCCGACACGGGUCUUGUCCUCGAACAGCUCGCGAUCUUCCACUGGAGGCGAAAGAACUCUUCAUCUGUCAUCAACAUCCUCGCACAAGCUCUAUAUGCACUGUUCGCCGCAGAUGAUGAAAGCCUCCGAGCUCUGCAGCGUGGCUGUUUCCGCUAUUUCCAGAUCGGACCAGUCAAUGGUCCCGUUGGACUGUUAGCUGGACUAAUCAAGCAACCUCUCGUCCUCGUCAGCCACUUCUUCUCCGUCGCUUUCCUAGCCAUCUGGAUGGUCCUAAGCGACCUCCCCUUGACCAGGAUCUUCCUCUUCCCCUACUACGCCUUCAUGAUCCUCUACACAGCCUGUAUCGUCAUCGUCCCAUACAUCUGGUCCGAAGUUUGGUGUUGA